AUGAUACCUAAACAAUUUCAAUUUUUUCUUGAUUUAACCUGUUGUUAACAAAGAAAUGAUCCUAAAGAAUACUUUUUUAGUAUAACAGCAUGUUGUUUACUUAAAGAAACUAAAUUCUGGGAAACAUCAGAUAUGUCCUAAGAUAAAUUGAUUGCAACAAUGAAUAUAAUAGCAGAUAUUGAUCCUGAGUUUAUUUUCCAAGUGGCUUACUAUGUUAGAAAUCAGAUGUAUAUCAGAAGUGUAAGUAAUUUUAUCCUUGCAUUUUCUGCACUCCAUCCAAAGACCAAACCAUAUUGCUCAACAUACAUGUGUCCAACUAUGUUAAUACCUGGUGAUUUAAUUGAAGUUUGCUAAUUUGUUUAAUUAAUUUCAAAUAAACUUAAAUCAAAUAAUUAAUUGAAUGGAUCUACUAAUAUUCGAAAGCAAUUAUUUUUCCCAACAAUAUUGUAAAAGCAGUUUCGAAAGAAGCUUACCUAAUUGAAUAUUUAUCAACUUGGUAAAUAAUGCUCAGAUUGUAGUAGAAAGAAAAAUAUUAAGAUAUAUUAAUAAAUUCUCAACCCAGAUAUUAAAAAUAAAAAAAGAGAGAAUAGAUUAUUGAAUUUAAAAUAAAUUAGAGAAGUAUUAAAAUAUUAAGGAAAAGAUGUAUAAGAACAAUUUGAAAAAAGAACUAUCUAAAGAACUAAUUAAAGAAGAAAAAAUAUGAGAAAUCAUAAAAAUGAUUACAUAAUUUAGGAAAAUUUAACAGUUUUUGAUAUAAACUUCUUACAUUUAAAAGACAUUAUUAAAUUUAGUCAUGUAAAAGAACCUAGAAGUUUGGUAAUGUCAAUUUUGGGAGCUAAAUAUCCAAAAACUUAAGAAGAAUUUGAAAAGGAAUUUAAAGGAGAAGUAAAAUUGAAAUUUGAUCCUGAAAAAGCAGGUUAAAGAAUGUAAAUUCCCAUUCCAAUUACAUGGGAUAGAGAAUUAAGCAAAGGAUUAAACUCAAAGAGAUAAAACUUGGAAGAUUUAAUUCAAAAAAAUUAAAUUCCUUAUUUAGCUUUGUUAAGAAGUCUAAGAAACAUAUUGAAAUAAGGUUUGAGUGCAGAAGCACAUUAGAAAGUGGUUUAGAAAUUAUCAAAUAAAUAAUGUGUUGAAAAUGCUAAGAUAUUUCCACUUUAAUUUUUCACUGCUUUUAAUGAAAUUGAUAAAUGGUAAACCAAUUAAGUUAAAAACUAAGAACCAAAGAAAGAAAGAGCAAAGCCAUACGAAAAAUAAAAGUAAGUGAAAAUUGAAGAAAAAGAAGAAGAAGUAACUGUAGAUCCUUAAUUGAUUGAAUCAUAUAAAGAUACUAUUGAAAAAGCAAUAAAAAUAGUUGUUGAUAAAAAUUUAGAUACAAUUUUCGGAGUUACUUAUGUAUUUUUUGAUGUAAGUGCAUCAAUGAGAAGUCCAAUUAGUGGUGGAAAAAAGUAUGGGUCAAUUAAUUCAUGCAUGGAUUGUGCUUUUGUUUUGGCACAUUUAAUAAGAAUUAAAUGUGAAAACUGCUAGUUUUAUUUGUUUUCAUCCCCUUAUAGAACAGAACAUCCAUAUACAAAAGUUAAUUUUGAUGAUGAUACUUUAUUCGAAGGUGUUAAAGAUAAAGCAAAGAGUUAUAAUAAAAUUAUUAAUUACUUAUAUAUGAUAAACCAUAGCAUUUAAUUUCUUUAUUUAUGA